AUGGCCACCUCCUCGGAUCAAGGGUUAGCUGGCGUAUGGACCCUCUACCAGGCCAAAGCGCAAACGGACCAAAAAGAUCCGCAGGGGAGGACUGCGUUGCAUAUUGCCGUGUGGAGCGGCUCUUUACACAUCGUGGAUCUCCUACUGCACUGUUCUGAUGUGAAUGGGGCUGACUUGUAUGGAAGGACACCUCUCUUCCUGUCUUCGUUUCUGGGCCAUUUGCCGAUGACACGGCUCUUGGUCGAAGCAGGCGCCAACAAACAAAAGACAGAUCCCACAGGCCGCAGCCCGCUACACACGGCCACCGUGGGAGGACACUUCGCAGUGGUGCGCUUUUUGAUUGAAGCAGGCGCCAAUCGCAAUCAAGUGGAUCGCUAUGGCAGCACGCCCUUGAUGGAGGCGGCACGUUUGGGACACGUGGAGUUGGUGCGCUUGUUCCUCCAGGCCGGUGUAGAUGUCUUGAAGGCAGAUCGCUUCGGGAGGACGCCGCUGGACGCGGCCCGUGCCGCCGGACACCUGCGGGUGACACGAUGUCUGAUGGACCAUGCACCACAGGCGUUGCCGGCGUUGCCGGCGCCCGGAAAACAUCGGCGUCCCGCGAAGAGCGCAUGGGUGUGA